UGCAGAGGAGGGAAGGGGCGUUCCUUUCGUUCGGGAGCAGAAGUUGAAGAGCGCGAGCUGAGACAGAGCACUGGAAAGGCGGAUAGAGGGAGGGCUGAGGCAACGGCCCUCUUCUGGAGGGGGGGCUUAUUAUAACAAAUAUAUACACACAUGUGUGAACUGCUUGGCCGUACUGUAGGUCAUAUGUGGCUAACAGUUAAUUUAGACAAGCAUUCAAGAGCGGCUUUACAUUUAAAAUGCCUAUUUUAGUUUUUCUGUUAGACACGUCCGCCUCUAUGAAUCAGCGCACUUAUUUGGGUACGACGUAUCUGGACAUUGCUAAAGGCGCGGUUGAGGUCUUUAUGAAGCUGCGUGCCCGAGACCCGGCUAGUAGAGGCGACAGGUACAUGCUAGUUACAUUCGAUGAGCCACCAUACGGAGUGAAGGCAGGCUGGAAGGAGAAUCACGCCACCUUCAUGUGUGAGCUGAAGAACCUGCAAGCGUCCGGGUUGACCACAUUAGGCCACGCUCUCCGCACAGCGUUCGACCUGCUUAACCUCAACCGCCUUGUCUCAGGCAUAGACAAUUACGGACAGGGCCGUAACCCUUUCUUCCUUGAGCCAUCUGUGAUCAUCACAAUCACUGAUGGCAACAAACUCACACACAGCUCGGGGGUCCCAGACGAGCUCCACCUGCCUCUAAACUCGCCUCUGGCUGGCAGCGAGCUGACCAAAGAGCCCUUCCGCUGGGACCAGAGACUGUUUGCGCUGGUGCUUCGCCUCCCAGGAGCAGCAACGGCAGACAACGAGCAGCUUGGUAGCGUCCCCACUGAUGAGUCUGCCAUCACCCAAAUGUGUGAAGUCACAGGAGGGCGCUCAUACUGCGUGCGAACGCAGAGAAUGCUGAACCAGUGUCUGGAGUCUCUAGUCCAAAAAGUUCAAAGUGGUGUAGUCAUUAAUUUUGAGAAAACUGGGCCAGAUCCGCCUUUUGUAGGCGAAGAGAACUCUGAGUCUAGUCGUUCUGUGUCGUCCUUCAGCCCACAGUUGUGGCAUAGCUGCCACAAACUCAUCUACGUGCGUCCCAAUCCAAAGACAGGGGUGCCAGUUGGGCACUGGCCCGUUCCAGAGUCCUUCUGGCCGGACCAGAACUCUCCUACGCUGCCGCCCCGGACUGCUCAUCCGGUGGUGCGUUUCUCCUGUGUAGACUGCGAGCCCAUGGUGAUAGACAAGCUUCCGUUUGACAAAUAUGAACUGGAGCCUUCUCCUCUCACUCAGUACAUUCUGGAAAGGAAGUCUCCACACAUGUGCUGGCAGGUGUUUGUUAACAGCAGCGGGAAGCAGAAUGACCUGGGCCAACCCUUUGGUUACCUUAAAGCCAGCACCACUCUCACAUGUGUCAACCUCUUUGUCAUGCCUUACAAUUACCCCGUGCUCCUCCCACUCCUCGAUGACUUGUUCAAAGUGCACAAACUAAAACCAAACCUUAAGUGGCGACAAGCCUUCGAGAUGUACCUGAAGACCAUGCCUCCGUACUUCCUUUUACCUUUAAAAAAGGCUCUGAGAAUGAUGGGUGCGCCUAAUUUAAUCGGAGACAGCAUGGACUGUGGUCUGAGUUACAGUGUCAUCUCCUAUCUGAAGAAGCUCAGCCAGCAGGCAAAGAUAGAGUCAGAGCGAUUAAUUGUGUCUGUGGGAAAGAAGGCUCCCCCGGAAACCGGCAUAAGGGUGAAGAACCACUCCAGCUCGCUGUCUCUGGCCCACCGGCGAGACUUGAAACAGCUACUUCAGGGAAUCACUGGGGAGGUUCCGCUUCGCAUGGUGGACAUCAAUGUCAAAGAAUUUGCAGGCUUCCAGAUCGCCCUGCUCAACAAGGACGUAAAACCUCAAGCUUACCGAAAUGCCUACGACAUCCCAAGGCGGAACCUUUUAGAUCAGCUUACUCGAAUGCGCUCUAACCUACUGAGGACAUCACAAAAACUAAUCCGAGGGCAAGAUGAAGAUUACCUGCACAGUAUUCCAGUGGCUCAGAUGGGAAACUACCAGGAGUACCUGAAGAUGAUGCCGUCUCCUCUGAGAGAGAUCGACCCAGAUCAACCUAAACGUUUGCACACGUUUGGGAACCCUUUCAAGCAGGAUAAGAAGGGAAUGAUGAUCGAUGAGGCUGAUGAGUUUGUUGCAGGCCCUCAAAACAAGAAAAGGACAAAUUCCGGUGAUUCCAAUGCUGGUGCCAUGCUGAAGAGAAGGCGGAGCAUGUCACCAUUACUACGGCGACCCCAGACUCCACCUGUCAGUACCAACCACAUUGUGAUUGGAAAGAGUCCUGCCGGGAUUCAAGGGCAACAGAACGUGCCAAAGGUGCUACCAGCACAGCACAAAGGAGUGGAUGGCAAUGUGGCAGACAUCGAGAGUAAUGGUGAUGGCGCUCCUGGGCCGGGAUCAGGGGAAAAAUGGCCCAAUGAGAUGGACGUUGUAGCAGAGACACGCCUGGAGGGGAAAGUAGUAGCAGCAGUGGAUAAUGGGGAGGACGAAAACACGGGUGAGGAGACACCAGUGGUCGAAGAUGGUGAAGAAGACCAGCCACUAGAGGAGCGAUACAACUGUGAACGUCUGAGUCCACAGAGCCAGAUAGAGAGCAUAGACUCUGACCCGGCCGUGCUGGAAACUAUCUUCAUACCCCCACUAGAUGGUAGUCAGGCAGAGCUGAGGACACGAGUCAUCAAGGAGGUCCGCAAACCUGGAAGAAACAUGGAGGCAAUACUGGGACUACUGCAGCAGGUGAAAGGACCGGUAAAUGUCCAACGCUACUUCAUCCAACAUGCCAUCAAAGAGGCCUCCAGGUUCAAGAAGCGUGUGUUGAUUCAGCAAUUAGAGCUGACCCUCCUGGAGCUGGACGAGAAGCACGGCGCACCGUCACAACUUCCUGACGACCCCGGUAGUUAGUUGGGCCGCUGCACUAAUAAGGACUUCACUUGAGCCGUGUGCCAAGAAUGAGAAGCCUGAAAAAACAAAGAAAGACUAAGGCACUUGUACUUGGAGCGGUCUGUUACAUCACUUCCUGUCAAAGGCAAAGGGAGGGCUUAUCUGCAAAAACAUCCAGUGUGGAUGAGUAGAUGGACUUUCUACAUAAUCCUCUUCACAUGACAUCCACAACACUUUGUCAAUAAGCCAUAAAACAUCCGGCAGCUGGUCUGGAAGGGUUGCUAAAAGCUCCAACAACAUGGCCGACCUCACUGCCACCACUCUUUUCACAAGACGUCAUCCUACUUUGUGGAAGCAAUACAGUAUAUCAUGUUGCUACAGUCACAGUCAGGAUGGUUGGUUCACUUCAUAUCAGUCUUUGCUCAUAAAGUCAGUUUGAAGUGUAAGAAAAGUUGUGCUGCUGCUGUUGUUAAAGUUAGUUUUUUAAGGUUUGCACAAACUUUAUGGGAUGGCUAAUGAACGUUUUAGUGAGAUUUGGGUCAAACUUGUUUUUGAUACAAAAAAAGUCUACACCGUGGAAAAUAUCGCCCCAGGCAGCCUGAUUUAUCACAAAACUGAAUCAGCACUGAAUUUUUAAUCAAUGAGAGUGUGGCCAUGUUUUGGCCUUCAUCGUCACAUUGCAGAUUUUAGCUCUUGUCAGCUCUUUUAGGCAGUAAAACUAUCUUUCAUCGGAUGGUUUAAAUCAUUUGAGUGCCUAUACAUGUAAAAUUAUAUUAACAUUUUAAUUGCGCAUCCACCAUUAUUUAAAUUAUAAAAGAAGUACAGUAGUGCCUCACUUUUUCUUGGUACUUUGUUCCAAAAUGUCUGACAAAAUACAAAUUGUACACAACCCAAAUGCCUAUUUCCCAUAAGAAAUUAUGUAAAUCCAACGAAUAUGAACACACAACACAUUUUAUCCGGAAUAAUACUAGUUGUACAUUCAAAAAACUGUAAAAAAUAAAUUAUUUUCAUGGUGGGCCACAUUGCAGUUAACAUGCCACCAUGUAAUUGUGCAUGAAGUCAUUACACAGUUGCUGCUUUUGUUUGAUUAUCAUAUUGUGUACGCCAACAAACUGAUGGGAAAAUGGCUUUGCAGUCAGACGUUACGGUGACAGGUGGAUAUUCAAGUUCAGAUAUUGUAGAAUUCAUUUCAAAAAGGGUUUCAAUGACCCCCCAAAAAUGCUUGGAAUAGCUGUUUUUAUCCAAUAGUAUUAAAUUAAGAAGAACUGUAAUUACAUGCCGUGUAAUUUGGAAACACAUUUCUUUUUUUUUUAAUGACGAAAUGCCUUAUGGGCACACAUUUGCAGGUUUUUGUAAGCCACGUAAAAUGAUGUGUGAUAAAGGCUCUUAAUUUUGCAUAUGGUGUCAUUUAGGUUAUUAUUUUGAUCACAAUUAUAAUCAGACAAUAACACUGGAAUGCUGCGUAAAAAUAUCAUCUGAAUAGUUCAAUUAUUUCCUACUGUUGGCUCUGAUUUAAAUCCUAAAUCAUAAACCAGACAAUAUUAGGAAAACCGGCACAAAAAUUUUGGCAAGAAAUUUUGUUGAAAAGAAGGGCAUAGGAAAACGAUACUGUACCUCCAGGUAGCAUAUUUCUUACGUAGGAAAGGGGUUCGUAUGGGUAGGGUUAACCAAUUUUCAAUGCAGUCUGCUAAAAAUGAUGGAAAGCACCACUCUACAUAGCAACUGACGCUGUGGUCAAAGUUUGAAUUGCCACAAAACACUUUUUAGGAUAUUCAACACUUUACUGCCAACUGACUGCCAAAAUGGAUAGUGCAACCACCCCCAAUUGGUCACAUUUCAUGUGUCUGGUAAACCGUGGCGAAUGGGGCCGUAUGAAUCCCCUUCCUACCGCACAUGCUGACGUUCAUACCUGUUACCUGGUUUGCUGUAUUUUCUCGGAAUUAACAGAGAAGCACAUGCAGUAAGGGAGUCAGGUAUAUCCUCCAGACCGCUAUUUUCCCAGGAAAUGUCCCUAGUUUCAGUGGUGAGUGUUAUGCAGAUAUUGUUUACUACUAAUAAUAAUAAUGUCAAUUCAAAGGUGCCAACUAUCCUGACAUGACUGUAACACAUUUCUUUUAAAAAACUAAGUACAAUAUGAUUGAAAAGAGCAUCAAAUGUAUGUCACACGUGUACCUCCGUGUUGACAACAAACAACAUGCAAUGGUGGUCUUUAUUACACCAAUGAAUUGGUAUUAUUAAACACACAGAGAGGUCACACUUCUUUACAGCAAUAGAAGACGUUCUUACUUGUGCAGCUGACAGUGUCCAUCGUGAUCACAUUUGGAUUCUUUGGGGAGAUGAUGAGCUCAUUUCCAGGAACUGGACCGGAACCAUAAGCACACAGCUGAAAAUGCUGUCUCCCGGUUGAACAAUUCACUCAUAAAAGAUACGGAUAAAAAGUCCCUAGAAGUAUGCCAAGGCGUGUACGCACACACACACACA